AUUUACAACCAGCAAAAAAAGGUGGAUUUGGCAUUUUGGUAAUAAUUUACAAUCCAUUGGGCGACUACGAGAAUCCACCCCAAUGAAAAACAGUCGAGACUAAAAGAUUCAAGGACUACAGCACGUGCAAGUAAACGUGGUUAGGCGCGUGGAUCUUGUUCAUCUGUGAACCGCCCCUUUCACUAACACUGAACCAACCUCUGCCUUGUUCUUCGAGAUUUUAAUUCCUUCAUCGGUCUGCAAAUCUUCCCAGUACUACACUACCACCCAUCGCUCUGCAAUCAUUCUCACAUGACCUGCAUCAGAACUAUGUAUACGUACAGCGCAUGUAUAUCGUUACAUUUAAAUUGAUUCCUGGACCAUUGCCUGGAAAAUUGGCUUAAAAUUACCGGAUUAUACAUACACCCACUCCUGUGUGUUUUUACACACACAUUCUCUACAUUAGCUGGACAACGAAUUUAUUUUCUUUGAUGGAGUGAAGAUAUUUUAUUCAGAGUGUGUUGCUGCAGCAAUUGGAAAGUGAUGAUGACUAAUGAGAACUGGAUCUGAAAUAUACAAACCCUAGAAUUCAGCUCUGGACUGGACUUCACUCAAAUUGACUAAGAUGUGGUGAAUUACAGGCAUCUUGUUGGAGAUUCCUCAGUGGCUACAUACAGCAAAAAGUAUAUCUGAACAUCUGGAAGACAUGCAUGCGAAGCAUCAAAAUGGGCCUGGGAAUGGAUACAGGUCGAACUCUAUGGGAGGAGUGGCCGCUGCCUCGAGAAUUCCGCCUGGAGGAGCAGUGAGAGGUCGUCGGAUGUACAAUUCCGAGUAUAGGAGCUUCAGUCGCGGUGGUUAUGGAGCUGGUGGUCACUCCAAGCAGCUUCAGCCACCACCACCUCCUUCGAAAGAUUCUAACGUUUUUGUGGAAGCUGGUAGGCUGGCUGCUGAGUACUUGGUUUCUAAAGGGGUGCUGCCUUCAAAUGCACUUUCGGGUAAGUGGCAAAAUGAUAGCCGUGCAUCGGCUCAUUCCCGCUUGGGAAAUCCCGCUCCAGAUGUGGGACCCGGUAAGAGAAGGUAUUCUGAUGAAUAUAGUUCAAUGGGUUCAAGGAGCUUUACUAGAGGAAGGAAACGAACAGGGGACUUCAAGAACUAUGGGUCGGAGGUGAACAGAGAAUUGGGAAGAAGUGUAUCAUUGUCUGAGAGGAUUAGGGCUUCCCCAGCUAUGGAGGCAGACAGUAAUGGUGAGAUUCAGAAUUUAUCUCCUGGUGAAAUAACUCAAGAAGUUCACGGUGAAGUUCAUGUAGAGUCCGGUUUGAAGAAAUCUACCUUAUUGGAGGAUGCCGGUGCAAUUGCUAGCAAUUUGACUAAGGAGAAGAAUCUGCCAUCAGCUGUAGAUGCUGAUGAUCCUAAUAAGUUUAAUGAUGAGGCUGAGAUGGUUAAAGAUCGGAGAAAUGAUAAUGAUUUGCAACAAAAGCAUGAUGAGACUAAGGUCAGGGAAGACCAUACUGAUUUAUUAAAGCACUGUAAAUUUGUAAAUGUUCCCACUAAAGCUCGUUCGUCAUUGACAGUUAAGGGCUCAAAAGGUGAAAAGGAUCCUAUGAAUGAAAAUGUGGACUUUUCCAAGAAACAACAUUUAGAAAGUUCUGGUGUUCAUGUCCUAGACGUUGAUGUUAAAACCGAUGAAUUUAAAAGCCUUGAGUUGGAGAAAUCACCGAAAGUUUUUCCUGAUGUAUAUAAAGAGCAACAAGCAGAAGAGGGGCUGUCAGGGUUUGGAAGUUCCAACUCCGUGGUUAUGGAUAGAGUUCAAAAACGGGCGAUAGAUUAUAGCAUUGAUGAUAAGGAGGAUUUUAAAAAACUUAAACAAUGGGUUCCUCAGCCGGAAGCUCAAUUUCAUAGCCCCCUGCCUCGUACUAGCUCAAUGGGAAAUCAGCCAAUGUUGCAAGAGCCAAGCACUUCACAGAAAAGUUUCGAUAUUACAUUAUUUCCCAAAGACCAUGCUGACUCGUCAGAGUUCAUGGAAGAGAAACAGCUAUUUCCGGGAUCAUUUAAGACAUGUGACCUGAAUCUUGUUGGAACUUCUGAUGUCAGUGAGAAUCAUGAAGCUGAUCCCAUGCUCGUUUUUCCAUCUAAUACGCAAACUGGAAAAAUAGCAACGCAUAUCGAUGUUGAUUUGUCUAUUAGUAGCAACAUCAAUCUGCCUAAUAAAAAUGGUAAGCAUGGCGUUCAUGAUAUUGAUAUUGAGGUUAUUGAUUUGGAGAAGGAUUUUGUCCAAGACAAUACCUUCAGUAAUCCUGGCAGAAGGGGAGAUAUUGUAUUCACCGACUUGGAUGGCUUUGCUAAUAAUGUAAGUGCUGACGGGAUUUCCGAUGCUCAGGACGGAUAUGGAUUAAUGAUAUCAGAAUUUCUUGGAAAUGUUAGCCCAAACUGUACUGUGCCUACAGACUUAAAUUCUUUGCACAAUCAUAUAGGUCUUCCUAACGCAGAGGGAAUUCUUGGUGAGGAUGACUCAAUUUAUAUGUCCCUGGGAGAAAUACCAACAAGCCUCCUGGGGGCAUGGGGGCAGCCAACACAGGACUACGGGAAACCAUUUUGAGAACAAACGCUUAGCACAGUAAUAUAUCGACGUGUUUAGGUCCUCUGGUCGUGUGCGAAAAUAGGAGCGAGGAGACCAUUUUUGAGGCACUGCAGAAUACAUAUUGUACACGAACGUUUCUCGGAAAGCUUCUCGAUUCGAAUGGAGAAUAUGUUCUUUUGGGAUUAGAUGACACGUAACUUUGCUAUGCUAAUAGCAGUCGACAGUACUGUCAACUGUGACAACUGUAUCAUGCCUGUAGAUGAUCCAACGGUUGUGAUGAAAAUGGCCCGGCCUCUACCGACUAACGUCACCGUGUCAUUCGAUCUGUACCGUCGGAGUGUGGUAUAGUGUUGUGAAACACAAUUUACUGUUUCAAAACGGAAAAAAAAAAAGCACAUCGAAAUAGUUUUGUAUGUUAUAUCAUUAAUCACGUCGAGUAAGUGUUGAACAUUAUUAUUUUACUUUCUUCACGUGAUUCAUAAUCGACAUUUUUCAGUGUCAAUGUACAUAUUUUUUUUACUGUUUUAAUAAAUUAUUCUAUUAUUAUUGUAUUUACGA